AUGAUUGUCAGUUCAGCACUGAUGUUAUGGAAAGGACUCUUUGUGGUGACGCACUGUGAGAGUCCUAUAGUUGUCGUUCUCAGUGGAUCUAUGCAGCCGGCGUACUACAGAGGGGACCUGCUGUUCCUGACCAACUAUCCCGAGCCAGUCAGGGUGGGGGAUGUGGCGGUGUUCAGGAUUAAGGGCAGGAACAUCCCCAUCGUGCACAGAGUUAUCAAAGUUCACGAGAAAGAUGACGGGUAUGUUAAGUUCCUGACAAAAGGUGAUAACAAUAACAUAGACGACCGUGGUCUGUAUGACGAAGGACAGCUAUGGUUAGAAGAAACUGACCUCAUCGGCAGAGCUAAGGGUUAUUUGCCUUAUGUUGGAAUGAUGACAAUUCUGAUGAACGAUAAACCCAACCUAAAAUACGCUCUGCUUGGACUUCUGGCUCUUUUCGUUCUCAUCAAGAGGGAGCAAUAGUUAAAUGACAUAAUUCUUUAGUGAACCGAUUAAUUUACUAAUUAAAUAGCUAUUUGAUUAAUUGGAUAAUUAAUUGAUUUUUACGAUGCUUUAGAUGUUUCAGUUAUUUAGUGGGCUGGUUUCCAAAUAAAUAAUAAUAGCUGUUCUUGUUUUCUACGUUUAGACAGGGGAAAUUGUGUUUUUGUCAAAAAGAGGCCAUGGUUCAGGAAAUCCUAUUUAUUUUGCUAAAUGUUAAAUGUUCAUUUUGUUGUUAUGGCUAAUUAUAUUUUCAAAAGUAGGCUCCCCGCUUCAUCAGUCCAUAUUUACGUUUUAAAGAUAUUUAUUGGUUUUGUUAUUUACAAUUUUACACUAUUAUUUUAUUGCCAUUCAAAGAUACA